AUGGACGAUGGCGCCUCACACCCGCUGGCUGUCUCCGACCCAGCACCCCCAGGCUCGCCGCCUCCACCACCAGACCCAAACGUAGACGAUGCCACCGCCGCAGUCCCACUAUGUCCCACGCCGACCCCCAAAACAGACGACCCCCUCCACCUCUCCAGCGAACAAUGGGACAUCAACUCCGUCUCCGCCCUCGGCGCCCUGCGCAUGCUCAUCGAAGCCCUCGACAAACUCGCCAACGCAACCGGCGACGUCCCACCUACCCCACCAGUCUCCCGCCCAACUACACCCAGCAAGCUAGGCUUUGAAAAGCGCCACUUUCGCAAAUCCUCCUCCUCCCUUCGCCUUGCUCAGGGAGCCUCUGGUGUCCCGGCAACACCCAUCGGCUCCCCGGAAGCUCACCCUCACGAACCUUUGACAGUCGAAAUUGGCGCCCACGCUCAAGAUAUGCACAUUCAACACGCGGCUCUCGCACGUCGCUUCUUCUCCAAGACAGCUCCGCCUUUCACACUCUCCGCAUAUCUCAUGCGCCUGCACCAAUACUGUCCCCACAGCCCGGGCGUAUACCUCGCCGCCUCGGCUUACAUCCACCACCUCUGCGCCGCGGAGCUAAUCGUGCCUGCGACGAGUCGCACGAUCCAUCGAUUGAGUCUCGCGGCAAUAAGAGUUGCGGCCAAGGCGUUGGAGGACAAUAAGUGGGCGCAAGAGCGGGUUGCGAAGGUGGGCGGGGUGAGUAAUGGGCAGUUGUUGAGUUUGGAGGUGACGAUGUGCUUUUUGUUGGAUUUUGAGUUGUAUGUGGAUGAGAGGAUCAUGGCUAGGAGGAUGUUUCUGUUGCAGGAGGCGGCGGCUACGAGGCAUGGGAUGGGGAGUGGGGGGAAGUUGGGAGAGCAGUUUAAGUUGAGGUUGCCGAUGAGGGUGAGGGGGAAUAAGUGA